AUGGGGGUGACACGGGGACACUGUGGUGACCCUGGGGACACUGUGGUGACAUUGGUGACCCCGGUGACCCUGUGUGACCCCGGUGACCCCACUGUCCCCAGGGAGGUGGCCCUGUCGGAGAGCGAGGCCGAGCAGGACGGGACCCACAACGGGGGACAGCAGAGUGCUGUGAGGCUGACUGAGAUCGGGCCCCGCCUGACCCUGCAGUUGGUGAAGGUGGAGGAGGGGCUGGGCCAGGGCAGCGUCCUGUACCACGGGCUGGUGCACAGGUCGGAGGAGGAGCUGCAGCAGCUGCAGCAGCGCCGGGAGCAGAAGCUGCAGCUCAAGGCCCAGCGGAGGCAGAAACAGGAGCAGGACCUGGAGAGGAAACGGCACCUGAGGCACCUGAACAGGGAGCGCAGCCUGGCCGGGAUGCGACGCCAGCAGGGCCAGGCCGGGACAGGUGACAGUUCCAGGACAGGUGACAGUUCCAGGACAGGUGACAAGGAGGGUGACAGCGACGUCGAGGACCCCGGUGCACCUGAGCCAGGUGUGGCCACACCCUCGGAGGACGAGGACGACGCCGAGUACUACAGACAGGAGGUGGGGGAGGAGCCUGACACAGAUUUGUUCCCCACCAAGAGGAAACGAAGCCCCUCAGGCACUUCCCGACCCCGGAAACGGCGGAGGCAGAGCCGGGAGACCCCAAAAUCCCACCCAGACACCCCCAAAUCCCACAGAAACACCCCCAAAUCCCACAGAAACACCCCCAAAUCCCACAGAAACAACCCCAAAUCCUACACAAACACCACUUACCCAAUCACACCCUCCGACACAUCCCCCUCUCAAAGCCUUCCUCCAAUGGGGAGGCGCGUUGCUGGGGGGGGUUGCCCGGCGGGUGGUGGCGGCGGCGGGGCCAAGAUGGCGGCGGCGGUGUCGGGGAGCGGGCCCGGAGCGGGGCCCGGGCGGGAGCCCCGAGCGGCGCCCGAGGAACCGCCGGCGGGGCCCGGGCGGGAGCCCCGAGCGGGGCCCGAGGAACCGCCGGCGGGGCUCGGGCGCGCCCCCGAGGAGGAGCUGCCGCCGCUCCCCCCCGCCGAGGUGCGGAGCCGCCUGGAGCGCAGCGCGAGGCAGUUCCGCAACCGGCGGAAGGUGCUGAUCAGGGGGUUACCGCCCGACGUGACCAACCAGGAAGUCCACGACCUGCUGAGUGACUACGAGCUCAAGUACUGCUUCGUGGACAAGUACAAAGGAACGG